GAAGAGAUCAGCGCCAGCACAAGCCCUCUGUCCGCUCGUCUCGCCCUUCGAACCUCUCCCUUGUUCUCUCUCGAGAUCGAAGCUUUGAUCUCCUUCUUCUAUGCAAUCUCUUCGCUCGUGGAGUUCUAGGGUUUGUUUUCAUUCUCUCAACCUCUAUUAUUUUAAGAAGUGAUUCGAUACAAUCGGAAUGUUCUUGCUUUCGUCUCAUUGCUGUUUCAACUUGUGGGUUUCUUGGCAUUUGGCGAGCUUUUUGAUAUGAUUUGAUUGAAAAGAAUUGUUUUUUUGGGAAUUUAGCUGAAUUAUGGAGUAGAAGUACAGGUGUCCUGAUCAGAGGGAGUUUUGGAGAUUGGGGAAGCCUCUGGACUGCAACAGCUGUUGACCUGUUGUGUUUUGGUUGUCUUUUCCCUAGGUUUUGUCUGGAUACGGCUAGGGACCCUUGGUGAUAAGAAAGGAAUCAUCUUGGCCAUUGGGGCUUCGGAGUGGGUUGCUGUUCUAUUGAAUCUUUGUUGUUUUUUUGGAUCUUGCUGUGGUUUGGUGCUCAUUUGAUCUUGGUUUUGUGGCAAAGAAGGAACUGAAGAGUUGAUUGAAGUGGAAAAGAAGAAAAAAAAAUGCAAGCAGGAGCUGUGCUUAUUGCUUUUGCUGCCGCUAUAGGAAACCUGCUGCAGGGAUGGGAUAAUGCUACCAUUGCAGGUUCUAUUCUUUACAUCAAGAAGGAAUUUAAUUUGGAGAGCCAGCCCACGAUGGAGGGGCUGAUUGUGGCAAUGUCAUUGAUCGGGGCCACCAUAAUCACUACAUUCUCUGGAGCAGUAUCAGAUUCGAUUGGGAGGCGGCCCAUGUUAAUUAUCUCCUCUGUUCUCUACUUCAUUAGUGGUUUGAUAAUGUUUUGGUCUCCCACCGUCUAUGUCUUGCUUUUAGCAAGGCUGAUAGAUGGAUUUGGAAUUGGUUUGGCUGUUACACUUGUUCCCGUGUAUAUUUCAGAGACAGCUCCAUCGGAUAUAAGAGGGUUGUUGAAUACCUUCCCUCAGUUCACUGGCUCUGCAGGAAUGUUUUUAUCGUACUGCAUGGUUUUUGGAAUGUCCUUAAUGGCACAGCCUAACUGGAGAUUGAUGCUUGGCGUCUUGUUUAUUCCUUCACUUUUAUAUUUCAUUUUAACAAUAUUCUUUUUGCCGGAGUCUCCAAGGUGGCUUGUUAGCAAAGGACGGAUGGCAGAAGCCAAGCAAGUUUUGCAAAGGUUACGUGGAAGGGAAGACGUCUCAGGAGAAAUGGCUUUACUAGUUGAAGGUUUGGGAGUUGGUGGUGAGACAUCUAUUGAAGAGUACAUAAUUGGCCCUGCUGGUGAGCUUGCUGAUGAUCAGGAUCCAGCUACCGACAAGGACAAAAUUAUGUUAUAUGGGCCUGAGGAAGGUCUCUCCUGGGUUGCGAAACCUGUGACAGGUCAAAGCAUUCUUGGAAGCGCUCUUGGUCUUACUUCCCGUCAUGGAAGCAUGGCAAACCAGGGCAGUACUCUUGUUGAUCCUCUCGUCACUCUUUUUGGAAGUGUCCAUGAAAAGCUACCUGAGAUGGGAAGUAUGCGAAGUACAUUAUUCCCAAAUUUUGGAAGCAUGUUUAGUACUGCUGAGCAGCAACCCAAAACAGAGCAGUGGGAUGAAGAGUCCGGGCGAAGGGAUGAUGAUGAUGAAUAUGCAUCUGAAGGUGCAGGUGGUGAUUCCGAUGACAAUGUACAUACCCCACUUCUUUCACGCCAGACAACCAGCUUAGAAGGGAAAGACUUGGUUCCCCCACAUGCACAUGGGAGCACAUUCAGUAUGAGACGCAAUAGCAGUCUCAUGCAAGCUAAUGCCGGGGAGGCAGUUAGCAGUAUGGGCAUUGGUGGAGGAUGGCAACUAGCUUGGAAAUGGUCUGAGAGGGAAAGUGCUGAUGGAAAGAAGGAAGGAGGGUUCAAAAGAAUCUAUCUUCACCAGGAGGGUGUCCCUGGUUCCCGUAGGGGUUCCCUGGUUUCACUUCCUGGAGGUGAAAUCCCAGAAGGUGGUGAGUACAUCCAAGCAGCUGCAUUGGUGAGCCAGCCUGCUCUUUAUACUAAGGAUCUCAUGGGCCAGAAACUAGUUGGUCCGGCUAUGGUUCACCCAUCAGAAGCAGCUACAAAAGGACCAAGUUGGCGAGAUCUUUUUGAAGGAGGAGUGAAGCAGGCAUUGAUUGUUGGGGUUGGGAUUCAGUUCCUUCAGCAGUUUGCUGGCAUAAAUGGUGUUCUAUACUACACCCCUCAGAUUUUGGAGCAAGCAGGUGUCGAGGUUCUUCUCAAAAACAUUGGCAUCAGUUCGGACUCAGUCUCACUCCUCAUCAGUGCUCUCACUACCUUAUUGAUGCUCCCUUCCAUUGGCGUGGCCAUGAAGCUAAUGGAUAUUGCUGGCAGAAGGAGUCUUUUGCUGAGGACUAUUCCUGUACUGAUUGCAUCACUCAUUGUUUUGAUCCUCUCGAACUUAAUUGACUUGGGUACUGUGUUGCACGCCGUGCUUUCAACCGUCAGUGUCAUCAUCUAUUUUUGCUGUUUCGUCAUGGGCUUCGGUCCUAUCCCAAACAUCCUCUGUGCAGAGAUCUUCCCAACUAAGGUUCGUGGGCUAUGCAUAGCCAUUUGUGCUCUCACCUUCUGGAUUUGCGACAUAAUUGUCACCUACUCACUCCCUGUGAUGCUCACCUCCAUUGGUCUCGCCGGAGUAUUUGGUAUUUAUGCUGUCGUAUGUAUACUCGCCAUGGUAUUUGUAUACUUAAAAGUACCUGAAACAAAGGGUAUGCCGCUUGAGGUUAUCACGGAGUUCUUUGCUGUUGGAGCUAGAGCAAAAACUGAAAUGGUCUCAAAUUGACAUGUUGAGCAGUGAGACUGCAGUUCAGAUUGCAUUUCAUACCAAAAUGGUUCUUUGAGGAAGAUCAUUCAAGAGAGCAGUUAAGCUAUAAGAAAGAAGUCCAGGAUGAUUAUGAAAUUCAUGUGGAUGCAGAUGUGUUUGAUGAUAUUUCUUUUGCAUUGCAAUUUUUAAACAGGGAACUUUCAGAAAUUUCAUGUCAAUCUGUAGCCAUUUUUAUUCUUUAUAUCUCCUCUCGAUAUAGUUCAUGUUCU